UACACACAUUCAUCAUCAGAAGUCACACACACACCAAGGUGAAAAAACACACGUACACACUAAAGAAAGAAUGAAUAACAUGCUAAUAGUAAUGUUUGGCAUGAUCAUAUCAUGUUAUAUAUUAAUUGGGAUUUCAGAAGCUCGUCUGAAAAUAGGGUUUUACAACAAAACAUGCCCAGAUGCAGAAUCCAUUGUCGGUGGCUUUGUUAGGGAUGCAGCUGAGUUUGACCCACGAGUUCCUGCUUUCUUGCUCAGGCUUCACUUUCAUGACUGCUUUGUUCAGGGUUGUGAUGGAUCAAUUCUGAUAGAUAAUGGGCCGAUCUCGGAGAAAGAAGCACCUGGGCAUCAAGGGUUGCAAGGUUUUAAUGUGAUAGAGGAUACAAAAGCUCAGUUGGAGUUUGUGUGCCCUGGUGUGGUUUCUUGUGCUGAUAUUGUGGCCAUUGCUGCUAGAGAUGCUGUUGCUUUUAGUUUUGGGCCAAUUUAUAAAGUUGAAACCGGUAGAAGAGAUGGAUUUGUUUCAAAUAAAGCAUUGGCUGACAAGAUGCCUGAUUUUAGAGACUCAAUUCAGCUUCUAAAACGCAAGUUCUUUGAGAAAGGGCUUAAUGAUAAAGACCUUGUGGUUCUCAGUGGUGCACAUACUAUCGGUACAACGGCGUGUUUCUUCCUUAUGGAUCGGCUCUACAAUUUCUCGCCUCGUGGGGGUCCGGACCCAAGUAUAGAUCAGGAUCUCCUUCCAGAACUAAUGGACGCUUGCCCUCCAAACGGAGAUAUAAACUUCAGGUUGCCGAUUGAUCAUAAUAGUGGUGACACUUUCGACAUUCAAAUCCUAGAAAACAUCAGGAAUGGCUUUGCAGUGCUACAAUCUGAUGCAAAGCUCAUGGAUGAUCCAGUGACCAAAAGAAUUUUGGACUCGUAUUUCAGGGUUACCAACGAAUCAGUCAAACCAUCUUUUGAGGCGGAUUUUGUCAAGUCCAUGGUGAAAAUGGGUCGCAUCGGAAUUAAGACCGGUCCAAAAAGAGGAGAGAUUAGACGUGUGUGUAACACGUUUAAUUGACUGAAGUGCUAUUUCUAGUAUCUCUUGUGGAUUUCUAAAUAAUACUAGUAAAUAAAUCUACGAAUGGUUUAUAAAUAACUAAGUGAUAUUAUUUGAUGUUAUUAUGAAUAGAUCAGUGUAUUUGCGUUAUGUUAUGUUGAUUUGUAUUUAAUG